GUCGAAAGCAGCCAAUGGGCGGCCGGGAGGCGGGGCCCUUGCGGGAGCCACUGGGAGAGCUCUCAGGCAAUCCCGGAGGCGGGUCGGGUUCUGCAUCCAUGGAGCGAGCUGAGGGCUCGAGUACAGAACUUGCUAAGGCCAUCAAACCUAUCGAUCGGAAGUCAGUCCAUCAAAUUUGUUCCGGGCAGGUGGUUCUCAGUCUAAGCACUGCUGUGAAGGAGUUGGUAGAAAAUAGUGUGGAUGCUGGUGCCACUAAUAUUGAUCUAAGGCUUAAAGACUAUGGGGUGGAUCUCAUUGAAGUUUCAGACAAUGGAUGCGGGGUAGAAGAAGAAAACUUUGAAGGCUUAACUCUGAAACAUCACACUUCUAAGAUUCAAGAGUUUGCUGACCUAACUCAGGUUGAAACUUUUGGCUUUCGGGGGGAAGCACUGAGCUCACUUUGUGCACUGAGUGAUGUAAGUAUUUCUACCUGCCACGCAUCUGCAAAGGUUGGGACUCGACUGGUGUUUGAUCACAAUGGGAAAAUCGUCCAAAAAACCCCCUACCCACGACCCAGGGGGACGACAGUCAGCGUGCAGCAGCUCUUCUAUACGCUACCUGUGCGCCAUAAGGAAUUUCAAAGGAAUAUUAAAAAGGAGUAUGCCAGAAUGGUCCAGGUCUUACAUGCAUACUGUAUCAUUUCAGCAGGCAUCCGUAUAAGUUGCAGCAAUCAGCUUGGACAAGGAAAACGACAGCCUGUGGUAUGCACAGGUGGAAGCUCCAGUAUAAAGGAAAAUAUUGGAUCUGUGUUUGGACAGAAGCAGUUGCAAAGCCUCAUUCCUUUUGUUCAGCUGCCCCCUAGCGACUCCGUCUGUGAAGAGUAUGGUCUGAGCUGUUCAGAUGCUCUGCAUAAUCUGUUUUAUGUCUCAGGUUUCAUUUCACAAUGUGCUCACGGAGUUGGAAGGAGUUCAACCGACAGACAAUUUUUCUUUAUCAAUCGUGAGGGGAAAGACCAGAGAGCUGCUGAGGAGGCUGAAACCAGGGUUUGGUGGAAAGCUAGGGUGAUGGAUUCUCACCUGUUCCUCCCAUCCAUGACAUUCUUCUCUCUUCAUAUUUACUUAGGUAACUUAAUAAAAAUGCAUGCGACAGAAAUGGAAAAGCCUCUGUCAGAGAAGCAGGAGAAUUCGCCUUCGUUAAGGACUCAAGGAGAAGAAAAAAGGGCGAUAUCCGUCUCCAGACUGAGAGAGGCCUUUUCUCUUCGUCACACAGCAGAGAACAAGUCUGAGGACACGGAGAUUCCUGAACCGAGACGGAGCUCUCCGAGGCAGAAGAGGAGUGUACCAUUUUCCAGGGCUUCAGAUCCCAUCUCUGGCAGAGGCUUGCUGGGCUGUCCGGAAGAGGUGAUGAGUUCCGGUAAGGGUCCCGGUGAGCACGUGGACAGAGCAGAAGUGGAGAGGGACUCGGGGCAUGGCAGCACUUCAGCUGGCUCAGAGGGAGGGUUCAGCACCCCAGACACGGACAGUCACUGCAGCAGUGACUGUGCAGCCAGCUCCCAAGAAGACAGGUUUUCACAGGAAAAUGUGGAAUCCUGUGAGAAAUUAUCUGAAACUGACCAUCGUUUUUCUGACAUGGAAAGCCAUUUAAACCAAGAAGAUACUGGACAUAAAUUUAGAAUUUUGCCUCAGCGAACUAAUCUCUCAUCCUCAAAUGCAAAGCGUUUUAAAAAAGAAAUUCCUUCAAAUUCUGACAUUCCUGAAGAGUUAGUUAAUACUGAGAACAUGUCAGCAUCUCAGGUUGAUGUAGCUGUUAAAAUUAAUAAGAAAAUAGUGCCCCUUGACUUUUCACUGAGUUCUUUAGCUAAACGAAUAAAGCAGUUACAUCACCAACAACAGCAAAGUGCCGGUGAACAGAAUUAUAGGAAAUUUAGGGCCAAGAUUUGCCCUGGAGAAAAUCAAGCAGCAGAAGAUGAACUAAGAAAAGAGAUAAGACCUCAGACUCUCAACUUAACUGCUGUCAAUGAAGCUAUUCUACUAGAAAAUCUGGAAAUAUUCAGAAAGAAUGGCUUUGAUUUUGUUAUUGAUGAAAGUGCUCCAGUCACUGAAAGGGCUAAAUUGAUUUCCUUGCCAACUAGUAAAAACUGGACCUUUGGACCCCAGGAUAUAGAUGAACUGAUCUUUAUGCUAAGUGACAGUCCUGGGGUCAUGUGCCGGCCUUCCCGAGUCAGGCAGAUGUUUGCCUCCAGAGCCUGUCGAAAGUCUGUGAUGAUUGGAACUGCUCUAAACACAAGCGAGAUGAAGAAACUCAUCACCCACAUGGGUGAGAUGGACCACCCCUGGAACUGCCCCCAUGGAAGGCCAACCAUGAGACACAUUGCCAAUCUGGAAGUCAUUUCUCAAAACUGAUAUUUCUCACUGUAUGGAAUUAUGUGUGUGUGUAUAAAUAUAUAUGUUUGGGGUUUCAAAAUUAACCUGCUGCUUAAAAAAUAAUGUAUCAGAUCCAUUUAAAAAUGAUCUUGAGAACCUUUUCAAACCA